CUCUUUUGUUUUCUCUCUUUUUUUUCGCUCAACCUCCUCUCUCUGUCUGUAUUAAAAGCUUCCUCGGCAAACAGAGAAACCCCCCAGACACAAAAAUGGCCUCAAUUGCUGCCUCCCUGCGCGCUGCCCGCCCCGUGGCCAUGCGCUUUGCACCCCGCGCUGCCCCGAUGGCUCGACUGGCGAUGCCCUUUAGAAGCUUUUCCAGCACCCGCCUGAGCCUCGCCCGCAAAUACACCAAGGACCACGAGUGGAUCGACCUCUCGGCCGACCGCAAGACCGGCGUCAUUGGCAUCUCAGAGUACGCCGCCGAGCAGCUGGGCGACGUCGUCUACGUCGAGCUGCCCCCCGCGGGCGAAUGGACCGACCAGGGCGACUCCAUCGGCGCCGUCGAGUCCGUCAAGAGCGCCAGCGACAUCAACGCGCCCAUCCGCUGCAAGGUCACCCACACAAACGCCCUGCUGGAGGAGAAGCCCGCCACGAUCAACCAGGUGCCCGAGGACGACAGCGCCGGCGGCGGCUGGAUUGUCAAGGUCGAGGUGGACGAGGAGGGCGCGGCGCAGUUUGACGAGCUGCUGGAUGCCGAGGCGUACAAAGCGUUUACGUCCGAGUAAGGAGGCCGAGUGAAAGAGGGGCGGCUAAAAGAUUAGACGAUGGGCAUGUUUUGCGAUUGAUUGACUAAGAUAUUGGUGUGAAAUAUGGGGACGGUGACCUUUAACAAGAAGAGAGAGGGGGGGAGGAAGAUAUAAAAGAAAAAGAGCGAGAAAUAUCACAUCUCUUCAUUGAGAAGAUGAUGACAAGAGCUGGCCUGAAAUGGUGUAGAAAAAAAUCAAAACAGUUCAACCUGGUAAUCAGCGGAGGGGAUGGAUUUAAAUCUUGUAUAUCUAUUUAGCAAACAAACAGGUUCGCAUUUUGUGUACCAUGCCAUAUUUCAUCAGAUGAGGGUAUACAUUUUGUGGUUUGUCGUGCGUCGUUAAAAUGAUGAUGAUGCAAAUGUUUUCCUUGCUCCAAUUUUCCAUUGACCUUGUCCUUCCAUGUCAUUCACACCUCCAAUUUCCAUUGUUUGCCCUUCCGUCUCAUUCACACAUAGUCGUACAGCAAGCUACACCAAUUCUUAUUUCGCUGGCGGUGGUGCCGGCUUGUUCUUGUUGAUGUCGUCCAAGAUCUUGUUUGCGCCCUUGUCCACCAGAUCGGCCGCCAUCUUGACGCCAAACUUGUCGGCCUCCUCCGCGGACGCAAUCGUCUGAACCUCCUCGCCGUCCACGCCCUCUGUGCCCUGCACCGACACGACCGUGGCCCGUAGCCUCAGCUGGCCCGGCGCAACCCACUUGGUCUCGACGCCAAUGGGCACGCUGCAGCCGCCCUCCAGCGCGCGCAUCAGGCUCCUCUCGGCUAUCGUUGCCAGACCGGCGUUCUUGUCCUCGAUCAGCUUGAGGGCGUCAAUCACUUUUUGGUCGCCGGCGCGACACUCGAUGCCCAGUGCGCCCUGUCCCACGGCGUGCAGGAUGCCGCCAUUGUCCAGCUCGAGGAACUGCGAGAUGUGAGCGUCGAGGCCCAUUCGCUGCAGGCCGGCCGCCGCCAGGAUGAUGCCCGUCAGCUCGGGGUCCUCGUCGAGUUUGCGCAGCCGCGUCUGGAUGUUGCCCCGGUGGUCCUUGAACUUGAGGUUUGGGUAUCGUCGCGCGAGCUGGGCGAUGCGGCGCACGCUGCUGGUGCCGAUGAUGCUGCCCGCCGGCAGGUCGGCCAGGCUCUUCCAGCCGUUCUUGUCAACCAAUUCCUUCUUCAGCACCAGCGUGUCGCGAGGGUCCUCCCGCUUGGUGACGCAGCCCAGCAGCAGGCCCUCGGGCAGCGUCGUGGGCAUGUCCUUUAGCGAGUGCACAAUGAUGUCGAGCUCGUUUGCCUCGAGCUUGUCCUCCAGCUGCGUCGUCCACAGGCCCUUGCCGCCAAAGUUGUAGAGCGCCGUCGUCUGGUCGCGGUCGCCGGUGGUUGUCAUUCCGUGGAUGGGGAACGAGUAGGCGGGCAGCACGGCUUGAAGAGCAGCGAC